AUGGCCUCACCGAAAACAGACGGUCACCCAUUCACGUAUUCUACGGCAGACGUCAUAUUCUGCUCAUCGGACAACGUCCACUUCCGUUUACACAAAAUCAUCCUCUCCCUCGCGUCCGACUUCUUCAAAGACAUGUUUAGUCUGCCCCAACCCCCACUGCCUCCAUCGGCGCCCGCGCCAUCCAAGUCCCCUCACUUAGGCAUAGCGCAAACGGACGAGCUCGAAGGCUUGCCCCUCGUCCAUGUCACAGAGACGAGCGUCGUCCUCGAGAGCCUUUUCCGUCUCUGCUACCCGAUCGCGGAUCCUCCGCUGCAGACCAUCGAGCAAGUGCGCCCGACGCUGGAGGCCGCCUUGAAGUACCAGAUGGACGAAGCGAUCGAUAUCACCACCCAUAGCCUGCUCAGUCUGGUCCAAACAGCGCCGCUUCGCGUGUUCGCCAUCGCGUGUCGACUGUCCCUCCAGAAGGUUAUCGGCGCUGCGGCAUUGGCUGUCUGGGAGCAGAACUUGCAGGACUCGUACGUGGAAGAGCUGGAAGACAUAUCCGCGGACGCCUACCAUCGAUUGCUGAAGUUUUGCGAGCCUUCCGCGGCUACUCAGAUAAAGUUCGGCCGCCCCUUCCUUUCUCCACCACCUACCAGCCUGAUCGUUUCACCGGGUGUGCUGGGUGCUCCCAAGGUGGCUUUCUAUGCGCGUAUGAAGCCGAUUCCGGCCUGUAUGUCAAACUUACAGGGGGCUGAGGUCGUCAUCCAAACGGCCGACCUUUCGUGCUUUGCGGUGUCCGAGUCUAUCUUGAACCUAUCCUCCAACGUCUGGCGCGAGAUGAUCCUCAACGCCCGCUCCACUGCGUCGCAAACUCCUCUAAUUCUGGAGGUACCGGAGCACAGCGGUGUCAUACUUCCGCUCCUCGAGCUGUCCUACCCUAUCUCCCCGCCCUCCGACCUCACAGAUAUCGAAAAACUACCGGCGCUGAUAAUCGCUGCGAGAAAGUACAAGAUGCUCGCGGCGACGAAGGCCCUGGAGGACGCUUUGUGGCGUCUGGUGGACCCCCGGCGGCGAAACGCUCCCUGCGACCCGCUCUCUGCAUACUUCGCCGGUUGUCAGGUUGGUAUGCGCGCCGUCGCGGAGGCUGCGGCGUUACAAACCCUGCGAUUUGACAUCGUCCAAAGAACUCAGAGCGGAGCGGAACCCUUUGGUGCCGCCGCCGGUUGCCUGUGGCGCCUCCUGGAGUACCACCGGCGCUGUCGUGCGGCGGUGCGCGCCGUCGUCGAGAACGAUCAGUGGGUUGCUGAAAGCUGGAGGAAGAAGAAGCCGAGGAACUGCUCCAGAAGUUCUGAAGACAUGCCCUGCUGGUGGAAGAAGUACCUGGCUGCUAUCGCCAAGGACCCAUGGCCGAGUAGUGCGUUCGCGACAUCAGAAUCCGUACUACAGGAGGCCGUCGCCAGGUCGAUUGGCUCAUGGAGCGACAGUGCGUGUAGCCAUUGCGCCGGAGCGUGGGGGAUGCUCCUCUUGUUCAGCAUCAGCAAGUACGUGGCGGAAACGAUGGACGCGCGCGAGAAGGAGGUGGCUCUGGAAUGGCCAAUGUCUGCGGAAUCCUCUACGAAGCAGGCUGAGUCUCAGUAG